GUCUACGUAAUUAUUCAAUGACCAAUCGCAUUAUAGUAAAUUGGCUGAACUUAAAUAAUCUAUGCUAUUUCGAUCAAUAGCUAAUGGGCCUUGACAGCAUUAGAAAUUCAGUUUAUUUGCUAAACAUAAGCUAUUAACUAAGCAAAUAUUCUUAGCGUGGCAUCAUGAGCGGACGAGGAAAAGGUGGUAAGACGCGUGCCAGGGCAAAAAGUCGAUCAGCUCGUGCUGGACUGCAGUUCCCCGUUGGUCGUGUUCACAGACUUCUAAGAAAGGGCAACUAUGCUGAACGUGUUGGAGCUGGUGCUCCAGUCUACUUAGCAGCCGUUUUAGAAUAUUUAGCUGCUGAAGUGUUGGAAUUAGCUGGCAAUGCAGCAAGAGACAAUAAGAAGACACGUAUUAUACCUCGUCAUCUACAAUUAGCCAUCAGAAAUGAUGAAGAAUUAAACAAGUUAUUGGGUGGAGUUACAAUAGCACAAGGUGGAGUUUUACCAAAUAUACAAGCAGUACUUCUUCCGAAGAAGGCUGAAAAGCCAAAGACAUAGGAAGAUAUUUGUGAGUUUAUGCACACAUUAACUCGUUUCACAGUAAUUUAAUGUUGAAUGAACAAUAAAAAUAAAUAUGU